AUUUAACGUAGACAAUAGAGUUUUCAUUUGGAUAAACAAAAAGCUUAUAGAAAGGAGUUUAUUUCGAUCAGUCAAAAGCUGUAUGCAAGCAAAAUAUGCAAGAUGUAUAUGUGUGUGGCUUUGGCCCUACCUUAUUGGUGCACCCACAAUUUACCUUAUUUUUUUUUUUCUAUGGGGGAAUAAAAAAGAGAGCUCUCUUUUUUCACUUUGCAACAUGUCUCCUAAUACUCGUCGAGUUGUUACCAACGCGAGAACUGUCUCUUAUAGCUCUGGUGGAUUAAAUGAAAGAUUUGCUAAUUUGGAAAAGAGCAAAAAGCCAACUCAUAAUCCAGUCAUUCAAUCCAAGAGUGUCUUUAGUCGUAUCAAAGCCGAUAGUCCUAAAUCCAAAAGUAUUCAACAACGUCUUGGUAAGCCCGUAGAUACUCGAAGAAAGCCAGCGAUGGCGGGUAGGAUCACCAAACCAAACAAGAAGCCAGUAAGACAACCACCACAAAAAAAGCAACAACAAAAACAGAAACCCAAGAAUGAUAAAAAGGGUACUAAAGAAAAGAAGAAGCCCUUGUCACAAGAGGAUCUUGAUAAAUCUUUGGAUGCGUACAUGAUGAAAGACCCUAAGACGGCACAGGCCAAGUUAGAUGAAGAAUUGACGACAUAUAUGCAAGAAGCUGAACUUGAAGAAGAGACAUUAUAAUAAAUAAAAACGCCAUCACCUUUGUUUCAGCAAAUUGAUGUGAUAAAGGGCUAUUUUUGAUCGAGAUAUUGGAUCAGAUACACAUAAAAGAAAGAGAAAUUGAGAAUAGGCAAAUUGUAUAUAUAUAUAUAUACAGAGGGCGUUGCUUGAAAAAAGAUAUAAACAUGAUAAAGAUGUGGAUACGCGCGUUUGGAAGGACGAUCAUUGAUGAUUUCUUUUUCUUAUUUUCUCUCUUUCUUUCUUUUGCUCACAUGCGUUCAUCAAUGUCUUUUUUUUUUUUUCUUUUU